AUGUCGAGUGCUCGCGGCGGACAGAAUGGCAACGACGGCCAGGAGAAUGGCAACGACGGCCAGGAGAAUGUCGGCAGCCUGUUGGCCCGCCAGGUGCGGCGCUUCAUCGAUGAACAUCCCGAUUUCCCAUCCGUCAAAUACAUAGGGCAACACGCAUUGGGGGAGAUCAAAAAAAUAGCGCCCAAUCCGGACUACUAUGCGGACGAAUUUGAGAAACUUGAGAAGUAUCCUCUAGAUUGGGUCCAAAGAAAAAAGGCAUUCACAUCGGCAUAUCAGAAGCUCGUUAAAGAGUAUUCACAACUGGAGGACAAAUCAGUAGCCUCCGGAUCGGGAGACGAUAACGGGGCGGAAUCUGGGAGGAGUACAAGUCCGUCUUCCCCCACGCGAUCUACUCCCGAAACCGUUACCACGCGCGUCUCACCUGACACCGCUGCUACCACAACUUACGAUUCAACGCCUGAACCAGAGAGCUCUGACCAGAAGACUCCUAAGCAAACCGUCACUGAGCCGACCGCCACCAGCCAGAACACUGAAGGGAACAGCCCAAACAACCCAGCCCAGACCAACCCAGCCCAGAACAGCCCAACGCAGAACAAACCAGCCCAGAACAAACCAGUCCAGAAUCCGGCCCAGAACAGCCAACAGAACAAUGGACAGAACACCGGAAAGAACAACCCACAGAGCAACACCCCUUGGCCGCUUUUUGAAGCAAAACUCGGAGGGGAUCGCACUUCGUUGCGAGCGAUAGCAGAAUGCUGUGAAAGGCAUGGCCGCGAGUUGGCCGACAUCAAAUUUGUUGGGGAAUACGUUCUGAGACAAUUCCCAAGCAGUUCCGAGACCGAGCUACUCAGCAUCUGCAUUCUGCAUAGCCUUAACCCUAAAAUGAUGGCGGAGUUUGAGGAAGAAAUCGGCACCGACGCUGAGUUCAAAGCCGCAUAUGAUGCAUAUAGAACACAGCAUCCGCGAGUCAGCGAGAAGAGCAAGAAGGACAAGAAGGACAAGAAGGACAAGAAGGACAAGAAGGACAAGAAGGACAAGAAGGACAAGAAGGACAAGAAGGGCGGGGGGAAGAAGAGCAAGAACAAACUCCCCUGGGUUCGCAACCCACAAGAACAUAGAGAUCGGAUCGUGAAGGAAGCCCGGCUGCUCCCAGAAACCGAGGGCUGGAACGUCAUCAGUCUUAGCCGCGAUCAUGACACCGGGGAGCCGACCACCGGUCGGAUCACCUAUUCCAUCUGGAUGUUUUUAGUGGUCCGCGUUCCAAGACUCCCGAAUGCCAAGCGCGAUGCUGGAGAAAGACUCAUACUGGUGAAACAGUCGGAAUAUCCAGACGAAACGAAAAAGUUCCAUGAUACUGCGAAGGGCAAAGCCUUAACGUUAAAGCCAAACAACGGGAAAGACUUGCGGGGUUGCGUAAAGAAUGAUAUAGUCAUUUUGAACUACGCGUGUGCGAGGCAGGAAUACAGGGAUCAGUGGCCGGUGGCAUAUUUCAUUGGGUACCACAGAGACGAGAAAAUUCUCACGGCCUGGUCCAGAUCAGUAUACUGCAGGAAGUUCAGCGACGGAACCGCCGAUCUGAACAAGCAUAGAAAACUGUCUGGCCAGAAAAAGAUUGUAACAGAGCCGAGAGAACGUAAAAGGAUGGACUCCUCUUCGGAAGACUCCUCCUCCGAGGAUUCCUCCACCGAGGACUCCUCUUCGGAGGAGGACUCCGAAUUGGAAGAGGUCGGGAUGGAGGUGGAUGCAUGA